UCCUGGGCGGCGGGGGGCGGGGAGGGGCCGCGCCCCCAUGUCGGUUUUGGCGCAAACGCGGUGGCUUUAAGCAGCUGCCGAGCCGCCUUGGGCGGGGCCAGUGAGCCGCGCUCGCUCCGCCCCGUGUCCUUCGGCGGCCGCCGUAGCCGGGAGGCGCGGGGCCAUGGCGGCGGUGCGGGGCGCCCUGGCGGGGCUGCUGCGGCCGCUGCGGGCCUGGGCCGGGGCCCCGCUGGCGCUCGGCCGCCCCCGCAGCGCCCGGUUCGCCUCGGGCCUCUCGGUGCCGUGCGUCGGACGAGCGCGGACGCCGGUGGCGGCUCCUGCGAAGACACUGCCGCUGCCCUCUAUCAGGCCGGCCGGCGGGGGAGCCGCCUCCGUCCUCAGCAGUGUCACAUCUCUACUUCCAAGUAUACUUCAGCAGCCAGUGAGGACUCUUACAUAUUGUAGCUUACGGAAUGGAAAGAGGAAAACCGUGAAAGCUGUGGUUGAGCGGUUUCUCCGACUGCACAAUGGUCUUUGGGUGAGGAGAAGGGCUGGUUACAAGAAAAAAUUGUGGAAAAAGUCCGCUGCCCAGAAAAAGCGCUUGAGAGAGCUGGUGUUGUGCAACAGAACACAAUGUAAACUCCUAGAUAAAAUGACCACUUCUUUCUGGAAGAGGAGAAAUUGGUACGUUGAUGAUCCCUAUCAGAAGUAUCAUGAUCGCACAAAUCUUCGUAUAUAGAAAUCUUUUGUUUAAUUUUUGCAUUGCUCUAGCAAACAGGUGACGUUAUAUGGAAUAUCUGCUUUAUCUGUUUCCAAAGAUAAAUCUGUAGUGCCUGUUAAUUUCAUGAAUAAAUAUGCCUAUAUCAUCUGGACAAAGUCAUGAGUCUCGGUGCCCAAAAUAAAGGGAUGUUCAAGAAUA